UCACAGGGUUGUGACGGGGUUUUCUUUUUUCCGCCCCCAUGGGAAACAUCAGGGGAUUGAGAGACCCUAAAAACCCUAGAACGAACUGUAACUGGUAUGUCUUCUACUUUUAACGGCUUUAUUUUUAUAGAAUUUAUUUAAUUUACUUCGAAAAUUUCAUGGGAAAAGCUAGGGUUAGGGCAAGAACUCUAGGAGAACAAGAAUCUCAGAGCCCCAACACUCAAUCUUUUGGGGCUCUGAACUUGCCUCAAGCUCCUGUGUAUUACCCCACUGAAGAGGAAUUCAAAGACCCAUUAGGGUUUAUUGAGCAAAUUAGGGGAGAGGCUGAGCGCUAUGGAAUUUGUAGAAUAGUUCCUCCAAAGAGCUGGAAACCCCCAUUUUCACUUGAACUAGAUUCAUUCACUUUUCCAACAAAAACGCAGCCUAUACACCAGCUUCAGGUUCGUUCUGCGCCUUGUGAUCCAAAAACAUUUGACCUUGACUACAAUAGGUUUUUAGAUAGACGUAGUUCUCGCAAACUUCGUAAGAAGGUCGUUUUUGAAGGGGAGGAGUUAGAUUUGUGUCGUCUUUUCAAUGCGGUGAAGAGAUAUGGAGGUUAUGAUAAGGUGGUUACUAAGAGAAAUUGGGUUAGUGUUGCAAGGGUCAUGUUUUCAUCAAAGAAGAUUUCGGCGUGUUCAUUGCAUGUUCUUGGACAAUUGUAUAGGGAAUAUUUAUAUGACUAUGAGGUUUAUCACAAUAAGAAUUCAAAGGGUGGGGAUGGAAUGAAGAGAGUUUCUAGAGGAAGAGGGAAAUGUGGUAAAGAAAGUGAAGACAAAAAUUGCAAGGGCUCAUUUUUGAAUGGUGCGACAAAGAGAAUUGGUAGAGAGAGAAAGAAAUUUGAUAAUGAACGUUGUAAAGUGGGGGAAUCCAAUGAUCAUGUAAAAAACCAUAAAUCGAGGUCAAGGAAGGAUAAUGGCAGUUUAGAGAGAGAAUCUGAUAUUGACGAGGAGACUAUGGAUCAGGUAUGUGAGCAAUGCAAAAGUGGAUUGCAUGGUGAAGUAAUGCUUCUUUGUGAUAGGUGCAACAGGGGAUGGCACUUACACUGCCUUUCCCCCCCUUUGAAGCGGAUUCCGCCUGGUGACUGGUAUUGCUUUGAUUGUAUUAAUUCCGAGAAAGAUAGCUUUGGGUUCAUCCCUGGAAAGCAAGUUUCACUGGAAAGUUUUCAAAGAUUGGCCGAUAGGACAAGGAAACGAUGGUUUGGUUCGUCAAAUGUGAGUCAUGCCCAAAUAGAGAAGAGAUUUUGGGAAAUAGUGGAGGGAUCUGCUGGUGAAGUUGAGGUUAUUUAUGGUAGUGAUUUGGAUACUUCUAUAUAUGGGAGUGGUUUUCCUCGACCAAAUGAUGUGCCUCCUAUUGGAGUUGAUUUGAAUGUUUGGAAAGAGUAUUCAACAAGUCCAUGGAAUCUGAAUAACUUGCCUAAGUUACAAGGUUCUGUGCUCCGGGCCGUUCGUGAUAAUAUUGCUGGUGUGAUGGUGCCUUGGCUUUAUGUUGGAAUGUUGUUUUCUUCUUUUUGUUGGCAUGUUGAGGAUCAUUGCUUCUAUUCCAUGAAUUAUCUGCACUGGGGUGAGCCGAAGUGUUGGUACAGUGUCCCUGGUAACGAAGCUCAUGCUUUUGAACAGGUUAUGAGGGAGACCCUUCCAGAUUUGUUUGAGGCACAACCAGACCUCUUAUUUCAUCUUGUAACCUUAUUGAACCCAGCUGUGCUCCGAGAACAUGAUGUUUCUGUUUAUGGUGUAGUACAGGAGGCCGGCAACUUUGUCAUAACUUUCCCGAGGUCUUUUCAUGCCGGAUUCAAUUUUGGUUUAAAUUGUGCCGAAGCUGUCAAUUUUGCUCCUGCUGACUGGUUGCCACAUGGUGGGUUAGGAGCGGAGCUGUAUCAGUCGUAUCACAAGACUGCCGUUAUAUCUCAUGAGGAGCUUCUCUGUGUUGUUGCUAAGAGCAGUUGCAAUACGAAGGCCUUGCCUUACUUGAAGAAAGAAAUGCUUCGCGUAUUUUCUAAAGAGAAAACUCAGAGAGAGAAGCUUUGGAAGAUUGGUACUGUUAGAUCAUCCAUGAUGUCUCCAAGAAAGCAACCUGAGUAUGUGGGCACUGAAGAGGAUCCAGAAUGCAUCAUAUGCCGUCAGUAUCUGUAUCUUUCUGCAGUUGUUUGUGACUGUCGGCCAACUGCUUUUGCUUGUUUGGAGCAUUGGAAGCACCUUUGUGAAUGCAGUCCAGAUCAGCAUCGUCUUAUGUAUCGUUACACUGUUGCAGAACUAGAGGACUUGCUCCUUAUGGUUAGUCCUGGAUCUACUAGGGUGUGGGAUCUAGAAAUGAAGUCUGGAGGUCAAAGUAAGGUUUCUGCCAGGCAGUUGACAAAGAAGGUGAAAGGUUGCUAUUUCUCCCAUUCACAGUUAGCAGAUGCUUGGCUUGCUGAUGCUCGUCAGAUUUUUCAAUUGCCAUUUUCAGAGGCUGCUUCUGUGAAUGCACUACAGGAGGCUGAGCAGUUUCUUUGGGCAGGGCAUGAAAUGGAUUCGGUCCGAGAUAUGGCAAAAAGCUUGAUUGAAGCUCAGAAGUGGGCUGAAAAUUCGAGGCUUUGCCUCUCUAAAGUUGAAAGUAGCUUGAAUAAUAAUGCUGCUGGGGAGGUUCACCUGAAGCUUGUUGAGGAACUCUUGGCUUCAAGUUCUUUGUCCUGUAACGAACCAAGCAAUGCUAAGUUGAAGGCUUUUGCAGAUGGUGCCAGGAUGUUGGACCUUGAAAUAAAAGCUGCUUUAUCAUCUCGUUCUCUCACGGUUGCUGAAUUGGAAGCCUUGCACUUCAGAGCUGUAGAAUCGCCAAUUAUUUUAGAGGAAUGUCAAAGAUUAGAAAGGGAGAUAUCCUCUGCAAAGGCUUGGCAAAGGAGUGUCCAAAGAUACUCGUUAGGUAACAGGGAUGAGCCUGUUGAUAUUGAUGCUGAUGCCCUUUAUAAGCUGAAAGCAGAAAUGCUGGGGCUCCAUGUUCAACUCCCAGAAGUGGAGCUGCUGAAUGAUCUCUUAGAGCAGGUGGAGUUGUGGAAUAUUCGGACCAGUGAGAUCUUGAAAGGUCCUCUGAAUUUGAAGGAACUUGAAACUCUUCUGCAUGAUGCGGAUGCUUUCUCGUUUUGCACACCAGAAAUGAAGUUACUUAGACAUCAUCAUGGUGAUGCUUUAGCGUGGAUUGACGAUUCUCGAAAUGCUCUUGAGAAGAUUAAAGAACGAGAGGAUUAUUACAAUAUUGUUGAGGAACUUAGUGCUGUUGUGGCAGCAGGACAGAUGUUAAAAGUACAGGUUGGAGAAUUGCCCCUGAUUGAGGAGGAAUUAAGAAAGUCAAGUUGCAGGGCAAGAGCUUUGAAGGUUCUCUCUGUUAGGAUGCCCAUGGAUUUCAUUAUGCAGUUAUUGGCUGAGGCCACCUUGUUACACCUGGAGGACGAAAAAAUGUUCUCUGAUAUGGAUGGCAUACUCUCUUUGGCUUCAUCCUUGGAAGAAAGGGCUAAACUGGCCCUCAGUUGUAGCGAGCAAAUGUUGGAGUUUGAGGAUAUUAUAAGGAUGUCGCAAAAUGUAUUUGUGAUCCUUCCUUCUCUUAAUGAUGUCAAGGAAGCUAUCUCAACUGCUGAGUCAUGGAUUAGGAGUGCUCAGCCCUUUCUAUUGUCCUUCAAGAGUGGAUGGAACAUUUCUAGACCCUUGUUGAAAGUUAAUGACUUGAAGGAGUUACUCAAUCAGUCAAAACUUUUAAAGGUGUCUUUGAAAGAACCAGAAAUUCUUCAGAGGAUUCUGCAUGAUGUAGAUGCAUGGCAAUCUGAUGCGGCUUCCUUAUUUGAUCAGACAAACUCCUUGAUUGCCUCUCAUGUGUCUGACUGUGCACCAAAUGGCCAAUUUCUUAAUAGUGACACCUUUAUUAUAAGAAUUGAAGAAUUAGUUGCUAGGAUAGAUUUUGUUAUGGACACUGGGAGGUCCUUGGGUUUUGAUUUUCAUGAGAUACCGAAACUGCAAGAUGCAGCUUUCUUUCUACGGUGGAGCUUAAAGGCGCUUUCUCUUUGCUCUGGUGUUCCGUUGCUUGAGGAAGCUGAUUGUGUAAUUGAAGAUGCUGCAAAGCUUCCAUGUAGUGCGUAUGUAGUUUUAGAGGAGCUGUUGCUUGAAGGAGCAAGAUGGGUCCGGAAAGCAUCUCUGGUAAUUUCAGGCCAUCCCAUAUCGAGGUGCAAGUUGAAGGAUGCUGAGGAAAUUCUUGAUGAAGCACAGAUUCUUAAAGUUUCGUUUCCUGCAAUGACUGGUCAACUUAUGGAUGCUAUUGAGAAGCACAAGGUUUGGCAGAAAGAAGUCCAGAUGUUUUUAGGCCAGAAAUUGGAGAAAUGUUCUUGGCCCCAGUUGUUACAGCUUGAGGAAUUUGGGAAAGCUAAUGCCUUUGAUUGUAUGGAACUGGAUAGAGUGGGUUGUGAAGUAGCAAAAGUUAACAAAUGGAUGCUGCACUGCAAGUAUAUUAUAGGGCAUUCUGUCGGUGAUCCCAUUCCAUUAGUUGAUACACUUGUCGAGAUUAGAGAUUCACUGGAUCUAGCUCUUCGUAGAGAUCCCAAGUCAGGCUUUGGCAUCUGCAAUCAGAGUGCUCCUGAAAUUGGAAAUGUAAAAAAUUAUUCAACAUGUGAUGACAGGGGCUCUUGUAUGGGGACUGAAGAGGCAUCUUUAGACUUGGAACUGUAUAAGUGCAAGCUUUUCAUGCAUAUGGAAAAUGGGGCUUUUAAAAACAGAAAGCAAACAAAGAAUUACAAAGAAGAGUGCCGAUUGCUUGAUGGAUUCGUUCAACUUCUACAUGAAGCAAAGACUUUUUAUCCAGGGAUUAAAGAGCAGGGCAUGGUAGAGCAAAUUGUUGAGCUAGCACUGGAAUGCCAAUCACGCUUAAAUGAGACAGUAACUCAUGCACUUUCAUACCACAGUGAGGAUAUCAGCUCCAUCACAAGAAGUCUUCUGAUCGCUAUGAAAGCAGUUGAAGUAGUGGGAAUCCAUGAUAAUCACAUCCGCUGCAAACUCAAGCUGGUGUUGAGUAGGCAUUCAUGGAAAAUGAAAACCAAGAGACUUUUAGAGGGUACAAAGAAGCCCCUUGUCCAGCAGAUUCGGAAUCUCUUAAAGGAGGGAUCAUCAUUAGAUAUAUCUUUGGAGGAUCACUACUUACAAAAAUUGAAGGAAUUGGAAGGCAUGUGUUCACAGUGGGCUAAUCGUGCCAAGCAGGUUGCUUCUGAUUAUGGAUUACUUGAGCUGGAUAAAGUAUUUCAGCUUAUUACAGAGGGUGAAAAUUUGCCCAUCCACUUUGAGAAGGAGUUGGAGUUACUAAGAGCUCGGAGUGUACUUUAUUGCAUUUGCCGGAAGCCCUAUGAUCAGCGAGCGAUGAUUGCCUGUGACCGUUGCAACGAAUGGUAUCACUUUGAUUGUAUUAAUCUUCAAGAACCAGCUCCGGAGGAAUUCUUUUGCCCUGCAUGCAGACCACUGCCAAUAGAGGAGUUUGCAUGUCCAACCCCAUCAAAGGACCAUGAGAGAAGCAGGGCAACCAUUGAUUGGGCCAGCGAUCACAACUUGAACGAUGCAACGUCCCCAUCAAAAUAUUCCGAAAUCAUCGGAAGAAGACGUCCGAGAAAAGCCAGGUCUAGCUUGCAGAGAAGGUUGAAGACAGUCACUAACAUGAACAAACCAGGCAUUCUAUACUUUCAGAGUGAACUGGAUCAUCUGUGGAGAAAGAACCGCAGGCCUUGUAAUAGAGCUGCUAGAAAGCGAAGGAAACUCACAUCUCUGGCUUCAUCGAUGCUUUCAUGGUGCAAGUAAUGGUUGAAGAAUGGGGGGAGCUGUGCAUUAUAGAAUGAGAAUAAACCUUUCUUGUGUCGAAAGGAGAUUGAAAGAGUGGAACAAAGAAACUUUCUGCAUAUUUGGGAAUGUAAAAUCAAAUUUUAUUCGUUUCGGGGUUUUGGGAAGAGUUCUUUAGUCAACGCAGGUGGGGAAGAGCAAGAUUUGAGGAGUUAUUAAGAUAUACGUCAAGGCAGCUUAGACAUCAACAGGUGAUGAAAGUCUUGGAUCACUUGGCUGGAGGAGGGGAGCUGCAGUACUUGAGUUCGAUGCAUAAAAUUGCCAACAGGAGAGGGUCCAACCAUACCUCAAGUAUUGAGGUUGAUGGGCCUUGGUCUUCAAUGGUGCAACUCACUCACUCUGCUCGUCCAUUCUGGCUCACUCAUUCAUUCCCGUUUAUCAGUUAUAUUAGUUUGAGGUUGCUCAAGGUUCAUAUGGUAAAAGACUGAUGGUUCUCUCCUACAUUUGCUGACCAGACCUAUGGGUUUAUGGUGCUUCCACUAUUUAGGCAGCCAAGAUUUGUUCUUGGGUGUUGUGUUUGGAAGAGCCUUGGGGACUUGGUGAUGUGCUGUUGGACAUUGGCAUCGUGGAAGAGCUGACACUGGAGGGCCAAUCUAAAUAAACUUACAAGGGCUGAUAUUCAGGGCUACUUAGUGGGUUCAUGUAUCUGUCAUGGAACCAUUAGGGAGUAGUGGUGUGACCAAUAGAAUCAAAGUGUAGAGCUUUGUGUACACUUGUACUAAUCAAUAUGACACUCUUGGGCAGUGUUUUCAUUAACUAUAAAUAGAGAAGAUACAGAUCAUAGUGUCACAGUCCUAUCAUUGGGCAAUUGAGCCAAAUCAUGAGUUGAAGACCAAAAAAAAUCCGACGGUUUAGCAUGCCAAACUGUAGCAGCAGAGAGACUUAUCCCUUUCUUGGCAAGUGUAUCUGUUAUCAUGUUGGCCUUGCGGUAGAUGUGGGAAAUGCUCCACCUACGGUCCGAGAGUUUGUGACGGCAGUUGGCUGCUCCCGUGUGAAGUGCCCAUGGAGGCCUGCAGUGCCCUUGAAUAACAUUUACAAACAAUGACAAAUCACUUUCAAUUUGGAGAGGAAAGCAUUGGAGUUCAAUGGCCAGGUCAAUUCCUACUUCGUCAGCAUAAAAAUUCACAUAAUUGUUUGAUGCAAUGCCAAAGGGGGUGGCGAAAGUGGCAAUAAAAGCACCAUCGCUAUCCUUGAUAACCUGUUUUGGAAGAAGCCCUAUCAACUGGGGAUGAAGAAACGACAAAGCAAAUGGGAUGGAGGGUUUGAUUGUUUAUUGACGCAAGGGAUAUGCCAUUGAAUAUCUAUUUCAUUCUUCUUAAAAGAAUAAAAGAGAUUAUGUAACCCCUCCCCAGAGGAGAGCAGAAGCUCCUAGAUGAGUAUGUCCAGGAUUCCCUGAUUCAUUUUUGUCCUGAUCCACAAGGGCUUAUGGAAUUUUCGGAAUCUACAAAAAAAAAACUGAACUAUAGGGCUCGUACUUCUAAAAGAUCACAAGGUGCUGAAUGAAGUGACAAGAGAGGGGGGGUGACGGGGGGGUGGGGGUCCUUAGGUUUGUUUUUGUGAAAGGCUCAUGUUAUUGCUGAAAAACCGAAUUCCUCUAUUUAAUGUCGAUUCAUCCACACUUCCAUUCCUUGUAGAGGAAGGCUAACUGCUUGCUGGCUGGGAGCUGUAUGAGCGUUCAAACAACUUUCUUUCAAAUGCUGAAUGCUUGGAAGAAUUUGAUUGAUCUUCACGGUCUGGCCCAUAUUGGCCUACACAGUGAACAGGUGGUGAUCCAAAAGAUGCAGACUUGCACAUGGGUUUGACGGUUCAGAACUUGAGAUGCAUUUAUCAUGUUGGAAGAAAACCUUUUUGACAAUUGGUCAAACAUCACUGACAUUCAAAAAAAGAAAUAUCAAACAUCACUUUCUGAUUCAAGAGAGAGCGGUGUCGCUUUUCUCCAAUGUCAGGCCGACACUUUGCAUUUGUUUUCGACUCUUCUUGUUGCAUAGGGUUGCAAUGUUAAUAUCAGCUGGAUGACAAAGGCUGUCUUGUUCUGGAUCACAAGAGUAUCUAAUCUAUGUCCGGUUCUGGAUCACAAGAGUAUCUAAAGUAUAUUUGAAGUAUCAACAAUCCUUGCCAUACUGUGGAUGAGAAAAGAGUAUCUGAAGUAUAUUUUGAAGUAGGGUUUUGUUAUGCUACACCACUUGUGGUGUAUACUCUUAAUCCUCAACCCUUUUGGACACUUAGUAUCAGUUUGGAUGUACUAAAAAAUAUUAUGAAACAGAUUUGAACUGUUUGGACAACC